AUGCAUCAGCGUCUGCUUAGUCAUCGGGUACGCCGGAGUUCGCCGACUUUCUCCUUCCGACAGAAAAGAAAGCCGAAGUCAGGUGGUGAAUUCAGGUUCUCUUUUCCGUCAUUGCUAACCCGUGGUCAUUCGAGGGCAGCCAGCUUCAAAAGUGGCGCUGUAUGCAACAGCGAAGUUACCGAAACAGGCCUUGACGUAAACGCCGAUCAGCCGGACAACAGGAGUAGCACUUGCUCGUUGAUGUCGGACUUCUCCCUCAGGGAAUGUCCAGUGUGCUUGACCCGGCAGCCUUUGAAUAUGUUCGCGGAGCUGAGGUCAUGCGAACACCGCACUUGCAUCACUUGCAUGAUUCAGUAUCUAGAACUAGAAAUAUCAGAGAGCCGCGUAAACAUUCACUGCCCGGAAUGUAACGAGAUGAUCCACCCGAACGACAUCUACACUUUGCUAGCUGAUCAUCCGAAGCUGAUCGAAAAGUACGAAGAAUUCUCAGUGCGACGUGUUCUGAUGGCUGAUCAAGACACGCGAUGGUGUCCAGCUCCGGACUGCAAUUACGCGGUUAUUGCCAGCGGUUGUGCUGCAUGUCCAAAACUCAGGUGCGAAAGAACAAACUGCGGUACGCUGUUUUGCUAUCACUGCAAGAUGACAUGGCAUUCGAACCAGACGUGUGACGAGGCGCGUGCUCAACGCGGCUCGUUCGUAACGUUGCCGAUCCACGUGGACAUGACCGUGAAACCGUUGUCUCGCAUUUCAGCGGGCGACAUAAAGGCGUGUCCUCGUUGCAAAACGUAUAUCGUAAAGAUGAACGAUGGUUCGUGCAAUCACAUGAUAUGUGCACUGUGCGGUGUUGAGUUCUGUUGGCUCUGUUUGAAAGAAAUAUCAGAUUUGCAUUAUCUGAGUCCUUCGGGCUGUACGUUUUGGGGGAAGAAACCGUGGUCGCGCAAGAAGAAACUCAUCUGGCAGCUCGGCAUGCUGCUCGGAGCACCAGUAGGAAUAACUCUGAUCGCCGGUUUAGCUGUUCCAGCCAUCGUUUUCGGCGUUCCUGUAUGGAUAGGAAGAAAAGUUCACAAUCGCCUUAAAGACAGUGGUAAAGCUCGCCGAAGGUUCGCCGUCACCGGAAGCGUUAUUGGCAGUGUGAUCAUGAGCCCUCUUCUGGCCUCAUUGGCAAUAAGUGUUGGCGUUCCGAUACUGUUAGCAUAUGUUUAUGGCGUCGUACCAUUGUCGCUCUGUCGCAAUGGGAGCUGCGGUGUAACGGCAAGUUCAAGCGGCGUUCGUCUAGACCUGGAUGACAACAUACUGGCGAUGACAGUAUAUUCACAGUGGCAGCUACUGGCCAAGGUUUCUUUGAAGCCGCCGCUGGACAACCUCAUGGUCCGCUGCGCAUUUGACCGUCUGUAUAUCGAUUCCCCAUACAUGUGCUAUGUUAAUCAUGCUGCGCUGCUGCUCAGGCAUUUUGUUACGUCCUGA